GGAGUUUCCUGGUGCUGCAUGGUUACUCAGCGCCACACUCGUGUGUGUGAGGGCAGCGUGUGCGCUGUGUGCAGGUAAACACAUAGACGCUGAGGGAGCGGAGAGGGUACGGAGAGGACUUUUCUACUUUGUACAUACAUUAUUUUGUAUAUACUGUUUAUGAUGACUUCAGUGGUUGCUGAUGCUGCCCGAGGCAAUCGGGACCGAGUGCAGCCACAGACCACACACACCUCACAGCCACAGAAACAGAUUCAGGCCACAGCAGAACAGAUUCGUCUUGCGCAGAUGAUUUAUGACAAAAAUGAUGCAGACUUCGAAGGGAAGGUCAAACAGCUCAUCGAGGUCACAGGCCGAAAUCAGGAUGAGUGCAUGGUGGCCCUUCACGACUGCAACGGGGACGUCAACAGGGCCAUCAACUUCCUGUUGGAGGAGGUUACUGCCAAGGACUCGUGGGAGACUGUGGGUAAGAAGAAGAGUGUGGGGAAAGAAGGGGCGACAGCAGAAAACAGAGAGAGGAGGGCUGACAGGGAGGGGAGAGGCCGCGGGGGGCCAAACAGACGUGGCCGUGGAGCCUCUCGUGUCCAGGAAGGUCGCUCAGAGGAGAAUGUGUUUGAUUCCAAUCCAGGAGAAAGGGGAGGGGAGCGUGGGCGUAGAGGAAGAGGGAGAGGAGGAAGAGGGAGAGGCAGAGGAGCCGGUGUGAAUAGCUUCUCUCAGGGAAUGGGGACAUUUAACCCUGCUGAUUACACUGGCUCUACUGAACAAGGAGAGGCAGUCAAUGACACUACUGAUGCUGCGGGAACUUUGAGAAACAAUCUGGAAGACUGGGCUGCAGAAGACUGGAAUGAAGAUCUUACUGAGACCAAAGUGUUCACUGCCUCCUUUGCACUUGCAUCAGAGAAUCACAUACCAUCUGGACAGGGGGUGGAUCUGAGUUCUCUAUUGCCUAAAGCAACAGAGGUGGACUCUGAGUUGGCAGAGUUGGAGCCGACAUCUCCAGAGCCGCUCACACAGAGCCUGGUGUUCACCAACUCUCAGCAGCAGGCUGGCCGCACACACACACACAGCUAUGCCUCUGCUGCUGCCAACAGCUAUGCCUCUGCUGCCGCCGGCACUUAUGCUCAUGCCGCAUCGUCCUUGGGAUCCAGGGUGCCCCAGCCUGAUUUACAGAAAGCUGAGCCAAUCAGUAUCCCCCGAAUCACCCCUCUGUCCAGUCAGACACCAGUUGCUAUUAGCAACGGCAGCCCUACUGGAGAAUCCAGUGCUCCUACCCUACCUGCCCCUGCCCCUGCACCCUUGGCUUUGAGUGAACCCAAGCUGGAGAUUCCUGUUACAAUGAGUCACUUGGAUUUGAAGGCCCAGCCUGACCCCUCCCCCAUUCUAAGUCAACUGACCCAACACCAAAACCCCACACUCCAGUCGGACCUGCCGGCUCAGGCCCGAGAUCCUUCCCCUCCGCUACCCCCUUGCAACAUCCCUUCCCCUGCACUUAAAUCCCUGGGUGAAGCCAACAUGCUCACAACGGCAGAACCCCCUCAGCCUAAACACAACAGACCACAGAGGCGCAGACUGCCCCCACCCUCCAAGAUCCCUUCUUUGGCAGUGGAGAUGCCAGGCUCUGCUGAUGUGUCUGGACUGAAUGUACAGUUUGGUGCCCUGGAUUUUGCUUCAGAGCCUGCUGUGGAGAGCCCCAGCCAAUCGGAUGCAAGCAGUCAGGAAAAUGCACCUACUGCUCAACAAACCCAGAGCAGCUUGUAUUCCAAACCCACCUCUGUCAGCGAGCCAUCAGGUGGUCUUCCAUUAGCUUUGCCCACAGCAGCAAUGGAACCCAGAUAUCCUUCACCUUCUCUGGGCUUAGCAACUGCUACAGCACCUGCUUCUUCCAUGUCCUCUAGGGCAGAACCCUCCAGCCUGCACAAAGACUCCCCCACCACAUCUACCACACCUCUCACUAAUGGAUACACUGAAGUACGACCCUCCAGUACACAAGAUGCUGUCCCUUCAAGCACUCCUCAGUCUGUGUCCACAACUCUGUCCUCUGAGAACAGCAUGGCCUCUUCAACCUUACCAUCAUCCUCAACGUCUGCGCCAGUGCCUGCUCCCAGCACAGCUCUUCCCUCCCUCAGCAGUCAUGUGAGCAGUGGAGCUACAUUAGGCUCUGCUGCCCCCACAGGCUCUACCCUUAGCUCUCAGAUGACCAGUGAUGUCAGUGGAAGUCCCUCAACUUUCUCUUCGGGAUCAAUGGUCAGCUCAGCAAGCUCUGUGGUCAGCUCCAACGGCCUAAGCACUGGUGCGCCUGGCCUCAACACCAACGGCCCCUCAGCUCCCUCCACUAGUCGCUCUGCACCAAUACAGACCACCACCACCUCUGGUAAGGCCCCGCCCAAUCUUGCUCAAGGAGUACCUCCCCUGUUGGCUAAUCAGUACAUCAUGGGGCCUGGAGGACUGCUCCCUGCGUACCCUCAGAUCUAUGGCUAUGAAGACCUACAGAUGAUGCAGUCGCGUCUGCCCAUGGAUUAUUAUGGGAUGACAACCUUCCCUGCCACCACUGCCCUUGCUACCAGAGAUGGUGGAUUAGCAAACAACCCUUACUCAGGUGAACCUACCAAAUUUGCCCGUGGUGAAGCAGCCUCUCCAGCGCCCAAUACUAGCCUCUCCUCGGUCGCCCCAUCCCAGUCAGAUCCAGGCACGGUUCCUCCCCAAACACAGGCCCCACAGAACCCUAGCCAGGCCUUUCUGAACCCGCCUCUGCCCCCUGGCUACGGCUACAGUAGUCUGCCCUACUAUGCUGCCGUACCGGGUGUGCCCAGUGCCUUCCAGUACGGCCCCACUGUUUUCAUGCCCCCUGCCUCAGCAAAGCAGCAUGGCCUGGGACCCUCUGGCCAAUACCAGCACCAAGCUGGCUAUGGUCAGCACGCCUAUGCUUCAGGUUUUGAUGACCUGUCUCAGGCUCAUGCAGGAGCAGAUUAUGGCAAAGGAUAUGGAGGCAGCUCCCAGUCACAGGCCAAGCCAAGCAACAGCACAGGGAAAGCACCUGGAUUAUCAGGUUCUGCCAGCUCUGAUCUUAGUGCGACAGUGUACAGCAAGACCCAAUCAUUUGAAAAGCAGGCUUUCCAAACGGCCACCCCGGCAACAUUCAGCCUGCCGUCUGCUCUGGGAGGCACAGGCCCCCUGAACCCUGGUGGAGCCCCCGGCUACGCACCAGCACCCUUCCUCCACAUCCUGCCCCACCAUCAGCAGCCCCACUCUCAGCUGUUGCACCACCAUAUGGCCCAAGACACACAGGGCCAGCGCAGUCAGUCCAGCAGCAUGCAGAAAAGCCAGGGCAAGUCCAAUUACAGUAGCUCCCCGUACUGGGCCAACUGAUCAGAAACUGGAAAUGAUGGAACAGUCCGAUUUUCAACUUCAGUCCGACAGCUGGCCUGAAACACACUCGCACACAUCUCUCUCUACCCUCCCCACCCCCUCUAAAGUUUUCCUCUGCUUAUUUCUUUUGUUCAUUUUUUUUCUUCUCCUUCAAAUUCGUUUUUUUUUUUUCAUGUAAAAUAUUAAUGUAAGUAUUUAUAUAUACUGUAAAUGUUAAAGCCGAAAAUGAAUUGUGGUCGCUCCAUUUUAUUUUUCUGAAGGACGUUUCGCUUUUGUUUACUUUUUAAAAACUGCAAAGAUGUAGCGAAAAGGAAAACUUUUGAGGGAGAGGGGGAAAGAAAAGACAUUGCUGCAAGAGCUUGAAGAGGAAGGCAAAAGAUGAGGGGGAUUUCAGGAGAGGUUAAUUUUAAAGAAAUUAAAGCAUUAAAUGCUUGUUGUUACAUGGUGGGCUUUGCUACAGUGAAAGGGAAACAAUAUUCUCGUAUAUGCUGGCUCCAAAGUUGUUCUUGUCAUCGCAAAAUGAAGCCCGCAAGUUUUAUAUUAAACACCUGUUGCCCUCUAAAUAAAGGUUCUGACCUAUACACUC